GUACUACAUUCCAUGCCUAAAAUGUUCAAGUCGUUACACGAUGGAUGUAUAACAUCGAGGUUGCUUCGCAGUCUCUCCUCGUUCCUCGUUGAUUUCUUUAUUUUUGUUUACUUUUUAGUUGAUUUAAAAAUGUUAUAGGUUUUUGUUUAUUCCUUAGAAGUGGUGGAGUGUCGGUAUAGAGGCGACUUUUGCAUCGAAAAUGAAGAACGUAAGAGUCAAAGCGAGACAAUGUUUGGAGAGAUUUGGAGAUCAAGGAGGAUAUUUUGAUGUUGUGGUCAGACCAAUGUUGCAACAGGGACAUGAAGGAGAAUUAUGCGGAUGGUUAAAAGAAAUGAGUUUAAUUAGGACUGUUUCUACCUGUCCACAUCCUGAUUGUAAAGGCAGGAGUUUAGCUUGGAAUCAAGCAAGAAUUGUAGAUAAAUAUAGUUGGUCGUGUCCCAAUUGUACAAGGAAACAGUCUAUUAGAGAAAAUUCUUUUUUUGUUGGAGUCAAAUGUGACCUGAAAAUGUGCCUUCAACUGAUAUUAGGAUGGUGUCAAAUGAUACCUAGUGAACUUACUGCCAAUUAUCUAGAAAUAAAAAAACACGUAGUUAAGAAAGUAUAUGAAAGAUGUGAUGAGGUUUCUGAAAAUUAUGUAGCAAAUCAUCCAGAGGAUUGGGUUCUAGGAGGUCAAAGUGCAAUAUUAAUUGUGGAUGAAUUUCCUAAUGGCUACAUGACUGAGAGUCCUUCUGAUAUAACUACUGCUAAGAAACGCAACAAUAAUUCUCAUACCAUAUUGUGCAUAGCAGAAACAAAUACAAUACCAACUAGAAUGUGGCUUCACAUGAUUGAAGCAUUUCCAGAGCCAGUAAAAGUAGAUAAAUCACAAGGUGAUGUUGACAAAUGCAAAAUGGUUAAAGAAGCUUUAAAAGAAAUUGCAAAGCACAGUGCUCCUGGCAGCUAUAUUGUAGCAAAUAAUCGAGCUCGUUGUUGCAAUUUUGAAUCAUUGCAAGAAUUAAAACAGUAUAAGGUAAUUAGUGUGGAACAACUCCAAAAAUUUGACCCACCAGGGAAAAAUAAACUUCUUAAUAAUUUAGAAACGAUUUGGCAAUGUGGCGUCGAGAUUUGUGAAGAAAUUCAAGAAACAACACAUACUCUAGGACAGCGUAUAAUAGCGAAGCAUUUAUGGAGGCAAAGAUUCGGUACGUCUCCUUCUACCGCAUUUCAAUAUAUGCUUAAUCAUAUUGCAGAAUAUUAUCGUUUUGUGUAAACUGACUCGUUACAGUAUUCCCGUUAACUUUUAGCGUAUUUUUCUAUAAAAGGCAAUGCCAUAUGCUAGUGAAUAAUUUCAUUUUUAACAGUAUGAUUUCACUCCAAAACGACUUAGAACAUCGUAAUCAAUCGAAUUAACGCCUUGCAUCCUUCUAAAUGCGCAAAUUGCACAAAUGGCCUUGCUAGAAUUAAAAAAGAAUAUACAUAUAUACUAUAACAAAUACCUUCGUAAAAGAAGAUAUCACGACCUAACGUUUCACCGAAACACGCACUUUGUGUCUUCCAAAUAUCAAAACAUUAAUAAUUUUUAAACUUGAAUAUAUAUGAUAAUCGUUGAUUAGUUAGAGUUAAAACAUUAUAAGAGAUAAUCUUGAAUCUGUUAAUGCAUACUUAAAAUAUACUUUUCCUUUAUAUCUUCAAUUUUUCUAUGAAUUUAGAUCAACGAAGUAGUUAUUAAAAGACUGAUGGCGAUAUUCAUAUUGUUAUAAUAUCAAAACUACUAAUAAAUCAAAACAAAAUUAAAACAUUUUAUUGAAAUUUUUAAUUAUUAUAGUGGUUUCAAAUACUCAAAACAAUUUGAUAAGAUUGAUUGAGAGUGAUUUUUUCGUUUAUUUGAUCAUCAAUAUAUGUAUAUAUCAAAAAGUAAAUUUUAACACGAUUAAAACACUGGUAAUGUUAUCCACUCAAACCACUUUAUAAAAAAUGUAAUUAACUUGAAAGUGAAAUAUUUCAUAUACAGGUGCAAUUAGUACCAUAUUUAAGUUAGAAAUAGAGUUACAAGUCCGCGAACAAUUGUCGAUUUACAUUAUGCUAUUAAUAACAGUUGUAAUGAAAAACUAGAGUUUUAUCCAAAGUUUUACACCAGUAUUAUUCUGAUUAAUAUAAUCAUCUUUAUCUUAAUGUAAGUUAAGAGCACGUUUAUAUUUUGUUCGAAUUAUGGUCGAUUUUCAUAACUUUAGCGGAUAUCAUUGAUUCAGCAACACAGAGUUUAGAAAUUAUGUAUCAAUUUGUGAUAAACUUGACUUUGUGAUAUGGAAUUGUUAGUUUUAUUCGUUUUUCAAAUUAUAUCAUUAAAAAAAAAUAGAUUUUUGACAAGUUUUUCACGAACAAUGUGAUACUGACGUUAUUUCGUGCGGAGAAAAAUGAUAUAUUAGAAGUUGAGAAGAUAAGAAUAUUAUUUUAUAAGUUGAUAGAAUUUAACGCACUGUAUACUAUAUGUAUGGUUAAGAUCUUUAUUCCUACGUGGUUCAUAGUACCAUUUUAUAAUCCUACAUGGCGAUAUUAGAAAACAAAAUUUUUUCGUUAAAUGUCUUUAAAAAAAAAUCAAUAUUUUUAUAAGGAUUAAUUAUCUAGCAAUAUUGUUAUAGUUGUAGGUGUUUUGUACCAAAUUGUAAUACACUGUGUAAGUUCGAAACUACAUUUAAAUACCAAAUAAAGCAAUAUUAUUUCAUA